AGUGAGGUACUUUCAACUGUCAGAAAAAUGAAUAAAAUAAAUAGAUAUUUAAAUGAUGCUAGUUAUAUAAAGGUGAAUACAGUUCAAUGCUCACCAGAAAAAUCCACUAAAGAUUAUCUAAAAAAUAGUCAAUAUCCUCAAUCACUGACUCCUGCUGAUGGAUUAUCCUAUCUUCCUUGUUUCGAAUGA